UGUCAGCUGUCAGUAGAAGCGAGGAAUAUACUCAACAAUUGCAGGGUGCCACUCACCUACACCUCCCUGAUCUUCGCGGAUCGGGCUCCCCUCAAUGGAACCUAGAUGAAUUGGAACCCACUCAAACGGCUCUCAGGCCGUCCCGGGAAAGAUACCCCGACGAGUCCCGAUGCUGAAGGGGGAGACUCAAUCGACGACAUAGUCUCUCGGUACCACCGACUCGAGAUAAACUCCAAAAAACUACACAAGAGUGCCAAAAAAUACGAAGAUAUCAUGCUGGCGCUGUACCAGUCCGAGAAGAAAUUAUGCUCCGAUCUGGUGAACGAUGAUUUUUGUAAAGAGAAUGACGACCUGCGGAGAACUAUAGAAGAAUGGUUAUGCUACGCUUCCGAAAUGGAUCAGGCCGUCGAAGAUCACGUAAUUGCCUUGAGACGCUGCCUGGUUGACCCUCUGAAACGAUACCAAGCUACAUUCCCGGACGUUCAAGUAGCCCUGAAGAAAAGGGACCAUCUCGUUCAGGAGCAUCAGCGACUGGUUCAAAAAGUCGCCAAGCUCGAGACCAAGGAAGCCACCGGAAACAACAUAGCCAAGCUCGCUGAGUGCCGCCGUCAGGUCGAAACCUCUACCCUGGAGCUGGAGACUCAGAACGCUCUGCUGCGUUCCGAAUUGCCAGCCAUUUAUGAACACAGGGUGGAGUACAUGGAACCCUGCCUGCACGCGCUAAUCAUCUCCCAGACGAAGCAUUGGGGCGAAGCGACGUCCCGUCUGCAGAAAUGCUUCCCGUCCCUCAACGAGAAUUGCCGAACCGACGCUGAGAUUUCCUUGUACCACCGCGACAAACUCAACGCCAUCAAGGCUCUGUCAAUCGUUGCCGGAUCGGAGUGAUGAACACAGUGUAUGAUACCAAUAUCUGAUGUAUAGGGGAUCUCAACAGAACCACUGCACGCUCGUCAAAAGGCGCAUGGAUUGCAGUUGAGGGGACUAGUACGCUUUCUUCGUUCUCACUCAUUUGUUCACAUAUCGCGUCAAUGAUGUGUUCAUUAAAACAGUCAAGUAGGGCAUAUGGACGACGAUCAAUCUCCGGAAUUAUCGUGCAGGAGCCUUGAGAAUCCCUCAGUUCUGUAGAAGCUCGUUGUGAUGAAUUCUCGGAUACAGGAACAGCUCUAUAUGUCUACAGCUGUUCCCCCGGAACCUCAGCGCGAGGAGGUCGUCUAUGCUUCGAGCGAGAGAAUUCAACCCGCUCGUUCGCGAGACUUUUAUUUAUGGUUUUUAUACAAUCGUGACGCGUUUUCGAUUAAUUUCGAGAGCAGCUCCCAAUUUAUAUGGAGGAUAAGACUAUGAAUGUGAUUGCGCAAGAGCGAGCGAAAUUCUCGCGGAUUACCCCAAAAAUCAUCGACUCACGGCGGUGCCAAGCGAUUUUUCUAUGGGUGUCAUGUUUUAUUCCAACGCCUUUGUGGCUCAGGAUUUCGUGUAAGUUUUCGGAAAAUAAACGGAUCGCUU